AUGGCCGAGAAGCGCCCCGCAGACGGCGACAGUGACCAACCAGUCAAGAAGCACCGAUUCAAUAGCUCUUCAAAUUCUGCAAAGCGACACGGCCAAGGCGUGGACGAAACGUAUGGCCAGCGAUUCGCAUUCGGCAACCUCGACGCAGCUACCAUUCCAAAAGACGAGGACCUGGAAUGGGAGGAUGAGACCGACGCUCUCGCCUAUCUCAAAUCCGUCAGAAGUCAGGCAGAAGGUAUUCCCCACGUGCUCAUUGCUCGCAAGGCAGGACCCGAGUUGCCAGUGUCGAAAGAUGGCGCAGUGGAUCGCAGCAUCUACGAAGAUGGAAGAGGCGAUUUUCGGGGUUUCUAUCAUGACGGCGCAUACACGGCAUACCCAGACGGGUAUAAUGGAGAACAAAAUGACAACGACGAAGAGGAAGGAGAAGAAGGAGAAGAAGGAGAGGCGACCGACAAGGAAGACGGCGAGUCAAGCGAGGUCAAAAGCGAAGAAAGCAGUCUAGGUGGUCCUCGCAACAGCAAUUCUGCAGAGAUUCACGAUGCCUACUUUAUCAGCAUCACCCGGCGGUACAAAAUGCUUCGCGACAUAUUACAGUCGGAGCCGCCUGGCACUGCUGUCAAAACUCUUUCAGCCAGCCACCCUACACAAGUGCGCGGCUUCGGUACAACGCCGAGUCCCUAUAAGGAAUGGGCGCCACGGCUUCGGAAUACCGACCCGCUUCCAGUCCAGAUCGCCUCAAUGCAUAAGGACAGCGUACUUCGCCUGAUUCGAAUCAUCCUAAACGGUAAUUUCUUCAGAAGAGGACAAGAGUUGCGUGAAAGAACAAGUCGCUGGAUCUGGGCCCUCCUUGCUCGGCUGCCGGAAAGGGGCGAGCUUGACUAUACAGAAGUUGGCUGGGUCCGUGAGCUAGGCAAGAGGGCGGUCAUGUUCAUGCUGAGCUUGGCCGAAGCAGAUGUUCUUCGAGAACAGUAUGGCGUCGAAGGCGGCGCAGACAAUGAAGACAAUGGUGAUGUGGAAGAAAUUGACGUUGUCUCAAACGAAGAUAUUGGAUUGGAUGGGAACGAGAAGGUCGAGGCAGUCUCUACUGCUCCCGAGGAUCCAACAGACAGCAAGAACGAGGAGAUCACCUCAGAAUCACCUCUUCAGACUUCUGAUGCAAUCUCGACAGCCCCACCGUCACAGGACAAAUUGGACGCAUCUGUCGAUAUCCCAACCCCACAAUCUGAUGUCGAGAUGCAAAUCGACUCGGACGAGGAAGAUGGGGAAGUAUCUGCCGAACCCCAAGAGCUUCAGAAACCCACAGCUGACGUAGAGGCGGCUAAGGCCCGACUACUUGCUCAGCUGGAAAGUAGUUUUGAAGAGCAAGUACAAGAUCACCAAACUGGCAGCAUUGCCGACACUCCAGUCGCAACUUCAGGUGAGGCAAAAUCGGGAUCAGACGGCAAGAACGAGAUGCGCGAGGCCAAUUUGCGAGCUACACUAAACAUGAUUCUUACCGUGGCUGGUGAGUUCUAUGGGCAAAGAGACUUGCUCGAGUUUAGAGACCCCUUUGGACGCAUGAUUGGGGUGUAA